GAUCUUACGGUAGAAGCGUUUCCAACCAAGAAAGCCGUUAUCGGGUCCCACACUGACCGUUAAUUUUCCCUGGCUCCUCUCUCUCCCUUUCUCUGAAUUUCUACGCCUUUCAACAAAUCCUUCGUGCCCAAAAAUUUCUGAUCCUUUCUCCUGAAACGAACCCUAACUGGUAAUUCCAAGUUUCUGAUUUUGAAAAUUUACCCUGAUUACCAUUACAAAUUAAAUCUAACUACUCCGCAUUAUCUUCUUUGAUCUAUACUUCCACCAACGUAGACCUCUUGGUCCGGUUUCUUCAUAAUGCAUGCACAUGAUUGAUCUCGGUAGCUUCCUUUUAGGGCCUGAUAGUGCUUUAUGUUCAGAAUUGUCUGGGUUUCGGAGGAGUAUUUGAUUGGGAUCUGAUUUGUGGUGACAAUGUCAAACUUAUAUGGAGAUUAUAAUCAAAAGAUUGAUUAUGUCUUCAAAGUUGUAUUGAUUGGCGAUUCAGCAGUUGGAAAAUCUCAGCUCCUUGCGCGGUUUGCGAGAAAUGAAUUUAGUAUAGAUUCGAAAGCCACUAUCGGGGUUGAAUUUCAGACCAAAACUCUGGUUAUUGACAACAAGACGGUGAAGGCACAAAUUUGGGACACUGCUGGGCAAGAAAGGUACAGGGCAGUGACAAGUGCAUACUACCGCGGAGCUGUUGGCGCAAUGCUAGUUUACGACAUGACCAAGCGCCAGUCAUUUGAUCACAUGGCAAGAUGGCUGGAGGAAUUAAGGGGCCACGCUGAUAAGAACAUAGUUAUCAUGCUCAUAGGUAACAAGUGUGACUUGGGAAGUCUUCGAGCAGUACCAACCGAAGAUGCCCAAGAGUUCGCCCAGAGAGAGAAUCUAGUCUUCAUGGAAACAUCAGCUCUUGAGGCCACCAAUGUUGAAACCGCUUUCCUGACAGUGCUAACAGAGAUAUACCGAAUAAUCAGCAAGAAGACACUCACUGCUAACAGCGAGUUAGAUCACAGUGGCAAUUCCGGCCUUCUUAAGGGGACAAGGAUUAUUGUUCCGGGACAGGAUCAGGAACAAAAGAAGGGUCGUUGCUGCGCCUGAUUAUAAGUCCUGCCAUUUUUGUUGUUUGUUUGUUUUUCCUCGGUUUUCAUAUGGUCUAGGCUUUUACUUCCUACUGUCAAAAAUGAGUAGCAGAUAUUUUGUAUAAAAGAAGGUGAUUGAUGUUGUUGGAUUUGUAGCAGCAUUAGGCAUUUACAAUUUGAUUAACUGGGUGUUUAUAUGUUAUUUAUAACUAAUUUGAGAUUAAGCUUGCAGAUUAGCUGAUUUCUUGAAUCUAGCCAUUCUACUUUCAGCUGGUGAUGUUAGUGGAAGCUUUGUUAAGUCUUGUUUAAUGAUUC